UUUAGGAGAAGCAGCCACCCGAUAGUCAAAUGAAUAACCGGAAGGAAGACAUGGAGAUCACGUCGCACUACCGGCAGCUCCUGCGGGAGCUGAACGAGCAGCGGCAGCACGGCAUCCUGUGCGACGUGUGUUUGAUUGUGGAGGGCAAGAUCUUCAAGGCGCACAAGAACGUGUUGCUGGGCAGCAGCCGCUACUUCAAGACACUUUACUGCCAGGUGAAGAAGGGCUCAGAGCAGCAGGCCACCAUCACGCACCUGGACAUCGUCACAGCCCAAGGCUUCAAAACCAUCCUUGACUUCAUGUACUCCGCCCACUUGGCACUCACUAGCAAGAAUGUGAUUGAAGUGAUGUCGGCUGCCAGCUAUCUGCAGAUGACCGACAUAGUGCAGGCGUGUCACGGCUUCAUCAAGGCAGCGUUAGACAUCAGCAUUCGCUCCGAGCUUGCAGACGAACUUGCGGAUAUUGAGAUGGGCAACGUGGUGAGCUCUAUGGGAGGCGGGGCUGGGCCUGGUGUGGGUGGAGCUUCGGAGGCACUGGCGUCCAUGAUCUCGGCCCGCAGUUCCUCGCCGUGGUUGGCCAGACGCACCAGCCCGGCAAAUUCAUCUGGAGACUCAGCCAUCGCUAGCUGCCACGAAGGCAGUAGCAACUAUGGAAAAGAGGACCAGGAACCCAAAAGCCAUGAGAGCCAGGACGAUGCUUGUUUGCAGCCCUUGUGGCCUGCUGAUUACCGUUCUGUCCAGGUCAAAGAGGAGCAGGUCUCCCCCUCCAAUCUGCAAGAUGGGGCUGGCCAAGGGGCACAAGGUAUGCCUGGAGAGCAAGGUGGACGAGGAGAGGGGGGCUGGCAACCCCCAGGCUCGGGCCGCAGGAAAAACCGCAAGAACAAGGACACAGUCAGGCACAUAACCCAACAGAAUGAAGGGGACAGUCGGACGGCAUCGCCGCUACCAUCCAUGGUCUCCAAUCCUGGCUGGAGCUACGGCAACCAGGACAUUCCAGGUGAAGAAGUGACAGAACCCAACAUUUCCGACAGCCGCGGCGAGCGCAUGGACCUCCUGGUAAAGCAGGAGGAGGCCGCGGCGGGGGACGGUGGGUUUCUGUCCGGGGACCGGGAUGAGGCCGUGGCCCAGGAGAGAGCGGGUUCGGUGGCUAACCUGCGAGCCGCCCUCAUGAGCAAGAACAGCUUGUUGUCUCUGGGGGCAGAGAUGCUCGGAGAGGAGCACCCGCUUCUGUUCGACUACCUGCCCAAGGGAGGACACUCUCUCUCCCUUAAUGACUUCACAGUGAUCAGGAAGAAGUUUAAGUGCCCAUACUGCAGUUUUUCCGCCAUGCACCAGUGCAUCCUGAAGAGGCACAUGCGUUCACAUACGGGCGAGAGGCCGUAUCCCUGUGAGAUCUGUGGGAAGAAGUUCACCCGGAGGGAACACAUGAAACGCCACACACUGGUGCACAGUAAGGACAAGAAGUACGUGUGUAAAGUAUGCAGUCGCGUCUUUAUGUCUGCUGCCAGCGUGGGCAUCAAGCACGGCUCUCGUCGUCACGGUGUCUGUGCAGACUGCUCAGGUCGAGGCAUGGCUGCCCUGCUGGACCAGAAUGGCGAGGACGGCUCGCCAGAAGAGGAACUCUUGUAUCCCGGUGACCACCAUUACCCCGAUGACACCGCCGAUGGUGACGGGGAAGAGGAGAUGAUGGUGGAAGCAGAGCUGAUGGGAGAAGGUGAAGGAGAGGAGGAGAAUGGAAAAUGGCGGCCUGGCUCAGGGAUGUCACAGCGAGACGACAGAGCAAUGGACGAUGGCAAAGAGGAAAGCGACUCGGCUCUGGAAGGAGACGCCAGGACGGGAAGCGAGAAAGACUUCAGUUGGAUCUCCUAGUCCAAUGCCUGGAUACUAUUCCAAGGUUUACCACCUGUUCCUAUAAGGAGAUAUGCUUGAGGCAGGGCAAUCGGAUCUCAGCAUGUGGGAGGAGCUGGAUACAAAGAGAUCCUUGAGAUGCCCACAGGGCUGCCGAAGGAGAGACAGUGGAGAGUCCUCUCGCCCCCGACUCCAUGUGCUUCUGACCCAGGCUUCAGUUUGUCUCCUUUCUUCCUUGAAGACCAAACGGGUUUCUGCGUAUGUGUUUGCUAUUUCUUCAGACAAAAGAGAUUCUGUUGUCUCGGGAGACUGUCCAAAUCAGUACCAUGCUUUGAUGGGUCAAACAGACAAAGUGUACGAAAGAUGUGCUCUUUCCAUAUGGUCAGCUGCCACCAGGGGGCGCUGGCUAAUCUAUUGCGCAGCAGUUCAUGUCAGAAGACUUGCACCAGUUUUUUUUGGCACAUUGUUGUUUUCUGCGUUGUUUUCUGCGAAGAGAAACUGCAACAGACUUGCACUUUAAACGUUGACUAGAGUCCUAUCGAUUCCCGGUUUCUGCAGUUUAAUUUACAUAGAUGAAUAUGGUGACCACACCUACCUUUAAGGAUACACAAUAUGUCCUUAUGACUGUUAUAUAUGAACAUUUGUGCUAGGUUUGCUAAUUAUAAUGUAUGCCUUGUAAUGUUUUAUUUCAUUGCAAUUUUCCUUCUUGAACAUUUAUUUCGAGCGGAAAAAUCAUGUAUAUAGAUGCAUAUAAGUGAGAUGCUGAUUUUGUGUUUUCAACAAAGAACGGUAAAGGGGAAGGUGGGUGAACACUAUGCAGAAACGAAUCGUUCUAGUUCUCAACAAUCUUUAUUCUCUCUAUUAUGGGAGAGAAAACUUGUUUUCAGCAAUGGCAAAGGAGAGAGACUGGAGGAGAUAUACGAGUAGAUUUAUGUAAAUAUUACUUGUGUCCCACAGUAAUAUUUUCUCAUUAUUUGCAUUCCAUAGUGGACUCAGUCAGGGAUGGUAUGGUUUUAUACAGAGGGUUUCCAGUGUGGUGUUUCUAUUAAAAAAAAAACAACAAAACAAAACCUGUAUGCAAAUGUGUGUAAUUUGUAGGUUUGGUGUGUGGGGGUGUUUAACUUCAAAGGCCUUUACUGAAAUGAUUUCAGACUCUCUCCUCUCGUCCCCUCUUUUUACGUUUGACGUACUUUGCGUUUCCUCACAGCUUUGCCAUUCUACUGUACUGAGUCUGCCUCUGAAAUCUUAAAGCCGUGUGAUGUGACAGGGAGAUAUCAUGCCUGCCCACUAAAUAUUUAUUGCUCUAACUUCUGGAAUAUUCAGAAAUAUGCGUCAAUUUCUUAAUCAAUGAACCACAGCUUUCUUUUGUUAUCA